CGGGUGGCAUAUAUGCAACGCUGUCAGAAAUCGAAUGCUAUCGAAUAGUAUCAAUCUAUCUUACCAUUGUCCAUCAACCCAGCCCGCCCGAUCUGAAGCGUUCAACAUUAUCAAGAUACCAUCUUUACUCGCACUUAUGGUAUAGUUUCAAGCAUACAAUGAGCUUCGGUCUAGAAUACGAUUGCCUCCUCACUUCAGGUGGUUCUCUAUGCCAAGCUUGGCGAUGUCAACCACGGAUCAUGCAGCUUCGAACCACUGCAGCUUGGAGUCACCAACAAAUCUGGUCUUCUUCAACGCAACUGGUCGUCUUCCCGCUGUAUUUCUCCAGCUGGUUUCGCUUAAAUCGUCCUACGGGAGGACUUGGAGCUUUCCAACGCACUCAAGAUAACAAUCAUAGGAUAAAACUGCCACGAAGCCAAAAGAGCUGGCACCUUUUCCAUUCAGCUAGCUGCCCCCACCUUCGAGCUUCCAAAAAGAAGCUUUGUGUCUUUGUCCUCCGAUACUUUCCAAGAUCUUGUCCACCAUGGCUCUUCAUGAAAUUCAGCAAGCGCUCGAAAUGUGGGUUCCGUACAUGCCCGCAAGCGUUUCAUGUAAUCGUACUCAUAGACUGUCCUCGCUAAAACCGAAAAUCGCUUCAUUCCCACGCGUCUGCCGAGGCUGCCGGUCGCGAUAUAGAGCGACUACUACAAAAGAUACCCAACUUUCACCUCAACAGUCAUUCAGUUCGAG